GGCGGUCUCACCGUAUCGCAGCCCAGUACCCAGUCGCGGUUUAUUAGCCGAGUGGUAACGCAAAGCGGAGGUGUACGCUGCCGAGGAAUCGCCUCCGUUCACCCCGAAAAUCACCGCGACAUCCGUCCUCAACCCCGAACAACGAAGCUGUGAACGAAACGUUGGAACAUUUGUAACGAGGCUCGAGUGUCCGUCGUUACAUAGCGAACAUCUCGUUCCUGUUAUCGAUUCGCCGCUCGCGCUAAGGGAUUGCGGUGCCGUGGAAAAGAGUCGAUUCGAAACUCCAGAUACCAAGAAGAUGGCGGAUAAAAUAUACUACCCCAAUUCGGAGUUGGCGAAAAACGCUCAUUGCAAGAGCUUGGAACAAUAUAGGAAGAUGCAUGAUAGGUCCGUGAACAAUCCAGUGGCGUUCUGGUCUGAAAUUGCGAAAGAGUUCUAUUGGGAAACACCGGCAGCCGAGGAUAAAUUCUUUUCGUACAACUUCGAUUUGACUAAAGGGGACAUAUUCAUAAAGUGGUUGGAGGGUGCGUCGACAAACAUCAGCUUCAAUCUUUUAGACAAAAACGUGAAGAGUGGAAAUGGCGAUAAGAUCGCAUUCUAUUGGGAAGGUAACGAUCCGGACGAUUAUUCACGGUUGACGUACAGAAAACUAUUAGAGGAGGUAUGCAGGUUCGCGAAUGUGUUAAAAUCGAAGGGGGUAACGAAGGGGGAUCGCGUUGCCAUUUACAUGCCGAUGAUCUUGGAACUUCCGAUCGUCAUGCUCGCGUGCACCAGAAUCGGUGCUGUUCACAGUGUAGUGUUUGGAGGAUACUCAUCGGAUUCCUUGGCGGAACGAAUUUUGGAUUCAAAAGCGAAAAUUUUAGUCACGUCUGACGGCGUUUGGAGAGGCGAAAAGCUACUGAUUUUGAAGAACAUUUGCGACGAUGCUCUGAACAAGGUCAAGAAAAAUGGACACGUCGUCGAAUGCUGCGUAGUAGUCGCGCACCUGAGGAGAUUGAAUAACCCGCAGGGUACCAAGCCAGACACGACAGGGAAAACGAACGGGGUGAAUGGUACGAGUAACGGCAAUGCGCCUGAGCUUCCCGAGAUUAAAUGGGACGACGAUCGCGAUGUAUGGUGGCACGACGAGAUGGAAGAGGCCGAAGAUAAAUGUUAUCCAGUUUGGAUGAAUGCGGAAGAUCCGCUUUUCAUUCUAUACACGAGCGGUUCGACAGGGAAACCGAAGGGUGUCCUUCACACCACAGGCGGCUACUUAAUUUAUGCGGCGACUACGUUUAAAUAUGUUUUCGAUUAUCAUCCUGGUGACGUGUACUGGUGCACAGCUGAUAUCGGUUGGAUCACCGGUCACACUUACGUUGUGUACGGUCCAUUAGCAAACGGGGCUACGUCCAUUAUUUUCGAAGGUACACCAUUUUACCCGGGAAAUGACCGAUACUGGGCGGUGAUCGACAAGUACAAGGUUACGCAAUUUUAUACAGCGCCGACUGCGAUCAGAUCGUUGAUGAAGUUCGGGGAUGACUUGGUGAAGAAGCAUAAUUUAUCUACUCUAAAGGUUUUGGGUUCAGUAGGGGAGCCGAUAAACCCUGAAGCCUGGCUGUGGUUUUACAAUCUCGUUGGCCACGGCAAGUGUAGCAUAGCGGACACGUUUUGGCAAACGGAAACCGGCGGCCACGUGAUCACCCCUAUUCCCGGUGCUACGCCAAUGAAACCGGGUUCCGCGACGUUCCCGUUCUUUGGCGUUUUACCAGAAAUUCUAGACGAGGACGGCCACCUGGUAGAGGGUGAGGGCGAGGGCUACCUCGUGUUCCGUCAACCUUGGCCAGGGAUGAUGAGAUCCCUUUACGGAAAUCAUCAACGAUUCCAGAGCACGUAUUUCGAUAAAUUCCAUGGAUAUUACUGCACGGGUGACGGCGCCAGACGCGAUGCGGAUGGUUAUUUCUGGAUAACGGGCCGCGUGGACGAUAUGUUAAAUGUAUCCGGCCAUCUGAUGUCCACGGCGGAAGUGGAAAGCGUAUUAACUGAACAUACCUCAGUUGCUGAAGCCGCUGUAGUCAGCAAACCGCAUCCAAUCAAAGGACAAUGCCUUUACUGCUUUGUCACGCCGAACGAAGGUGCGGAAUUCGAUAAAAAGCUGCAGAGUGAGCUUAAGACAAGAGUCCGUGAGAAAAUCGGUCCAUUCGCACAACCGGAUGUGAUUCAACAUGCACCAGGCCUGCCGAAGACGCGAUCGGGAAAAAUCAUGAGGCGCGUGCUUAGGAAGAUCGCUGCAGGUGACAGAAACGUCGGCGACGUGUCGACCCUGGCUGAUGAAACCAUCGUCGAUCUCCUUUUCCAACUGAGGCCGCAGGUUUAAGAGGAAAACGUCGUAGCGACCUUAAACGGAUGCUGUAGUAACUUAGAAUCGAAUGAUAAAGACAUGCUUCCGGUGAUAAGCGAGAGUUGCGAGUCGUAGUCGCUGAAGAGAGUAACACAGGAAGUUAUUGCUAAUAGGAAAGUGUAUGUAACGCGCAGUCCGGUAAAUUGAAGAGAAUCAUUUUUCCGAACGGGAAAGGACGUCCAUCUCUCAAAUAAUGUUUGGAAACUAGACUUCCGUUUUAUACGUUAAGGUUUCGCUGUUUUGUUAAUAGUUUUUAUUUAUACUACUAUUUAUCAAUUGUUUUAUAGUCUAUUAUCGUACGGUAAUGGUUACUGUGCUUUCAACGGAUACAUAUCGACAGUGCAGCAGUUUUCGCUUGAACGUCAUUCUGUUUCAUACAUCUUCAUCAAUACUCGCUACUUAAUGGUGAAGAAAUGUUCUCAGCCGUUCGACUAUUUUUUAUAUCACUUUGAGAAGCGGGUGAUUAACACGUAUAUUUAAAAAAAUGAUAAUCAUUAAUUAUAUAAAACGAAAAUGUGCUUCAAAAUUUGAUCAUCCGAGGAGCUAAGGAUCACGCUAAAUCUAUUUAUCAGAGAUCGAUCGUCUCAUAUAAAUAUAUUAAAUCGUUGCACACCGUUUAUGACAGAAAUAUUUUCCGGAAUACAAAAACAGAUGUAAAGAACAUUAUCUACAGUUACUCGCCAUUGUUGAAAACUUUUAUAUUAGCGUACGGUGUGCGCGCUCGAACGAAUUAUCUAUGUAUAUCAAACAUGAAAGUAUCUUCAAAGCUUUUGAAAGAUUUACAAGAGAAAAUGUAAUACUAAUUAAUCGUAAUUAUAAUACGCAAUCACGUCACAUUAUGUUGCGAGGGUAGUUUCAACAGUUUACUCUGUUCUCUGUUAAACGUUUUCAGUCUUCAGAUCACGCAAAACUGUUAUUUUUUUAUAAUCUUUUACAAACGUUCGUUCUCGAUUCGAAUCACUUUCCAUGCGAGCUAAUUAGUCCAUUUAGAUCGUGUUAAUUUCGUCGCGAGG